AUGUCUCGCUCCUUCCCUACCAUCCAAAAAGUCCGCACCUUCCUCGUCCAGGGCGUCGGCUCGGGCGGCGACUACCACAAUGUCCAGGGCGGCCACUGGCUAAUCGACACCAAAAUCUCCACUCCCAUGAGCGGAUAUGCUCAGUAUGCCAAAUCCCGCACUUCCUGGGGAAUCAAUGUCCUUGGCUCCUUUUGCGUUGAAAUCGAGGCUUCGGACGGCACAAAAGGCUUCGCCACUGGAUUUGGCGGUCCCCCCGCUUGCUGGCUGGUUGCCGAGCAUUUCGAGCGCUUCCUGAUCGGGUCGGAUCCCCGCGAUACCAACAACCUCUUCGAGCAAAUGUACCGCGCCUCCAUGUUCUAUGGUCGCAAGGGUCUGCCCGUGGCCGUCAUCUCCGUCAUUGACCUCGCGCUGUGGGACUUGCUGGGCAAGAUCCGAAACGAACCCGUCUACAAGCUCAUUGGCGGCACGACGCGACAACGUCUCAACUUCUACUGCACGGGUCCCGAGCCCACGGCGGCGAAAUCAAUGGGCUUCUGGGGCGCCAAAGUCCCGCUGCCGUACAGUCCCGGUGAAGGUCCAGAGGGCAUGCGCAAGAAUGUCGAAUUCCUGCGUAAGCACCGCGAAUCUGUGGGCCCAGACUUCCCGCUCAUGGUCGACUGCUACAUGUCGCUGAACGUGCCGUACACGAUUGAGCUGGUAGAGCGGUGCAAGCAUCUCGGCAUCAACUGGUGGGAGGAGUGUCUGAGUCCGGAUGACUUUGACGGGCACGCGCUGCUCAAGCGCGCUCACCCCACGGCCAAGUUCACCACCGGCGAGCACGAGUACUCGCGAUAUGGCUUCCGUAAACUCGUCCAAGGCCGCAAUCUCGACAUCCUCCAGCCCGACGUUAUGUGGGUUGGCGGUUUGACCGAGCUGCUCAAGGUCUCUAGCAUGGCAGCCGCCUACGACAUUCCCGUCGUCCCGCACGCCUCUGGUCCGUACAGCUACCACUUCGUCAUCUCGCAAGCGCACUCCCCCUUCCAAGAAUACCUCGCCAACAGCCCCGACGGCAAGAGCGUGCUCCCCGUCUUCGGUGACCUGUUCAUCAAUGAGCCCAUCCCCACAAAAGGCUACCUCGACGUGACGGAUCUUGACAAACCCGGCUUCGGCCUCGAACUCAACCCCAAAGCGCGGCUCAUCGACGCGGCCGGCGUGCUGAACCCGACGCCUCAAAAGGCCCUGACAACCCCCAACGCCAAGCCCGAGGAGCAGUGA